AUGGGGAGAGAGGGGCCGGGAGAGGGCUGCCUUGGUGCCCUGGUGCCUGGAGCUGUUGGCCAGGAAGGUGUUCUUGGACAGAAAGAAGCACAAGAGCGUGGUUAUGGCCAGAAGGGAGACGGACGAUGUCGGCGGCGCCCAACACCAGAAAGGCAAAUGACGUAUGUACCUAGCUUCGACUCGGUGAGGUGCCCCUCCAAACUGAGUGUCAGCCAAGAAUGGAAGUCGUCCAACAAGUUUGGCGAUUGUGUAGUCACCACCCCACAACAGGAUGUCUGUCAUUCGGAUACAGCCAGCUACACCACAACCACAUGGCUUAGAAACAUGACUAUACCAGCCUCUCAGCCUCACUUCGAUAGUCAUACGGCAACCCUCUUUCUCGAAGCCCUCUGGCCGGUCGCUCGUCACACGUUCUUUGCAUGCCCCUCAACCUUGGGCUUGGACAUCGACAGAGAGUGUCGAGGUUUACGCAAUCAUCGCAGUCCAGAUCUUCAGCCUUUUCGUGCGGCUGAACACCAUGACUCAAGGACGGCAAGGCUCUGUGGCCUAGCAAUUACAUGCCAUCAGCCCUUGAUCGGUGCAGGGAUUGACGGGUUUGAUCCAUCAAAGCACGACCGCGACAAGAACCAGUAUUCGUUAUGGUCCGUAUACCUUGGCUACCGAGAAGUCAACGGCAUUGUUCAGUACGCCGACGCACCAGCUCGACCCCGAGCCUUCAAAACAGUCUAG